UGUGAGAUCACUAAAAAUUAUUAAAGUUUUGUAAAAUUGGUGUGGAACUAUUUGGUCAUAAGAAAAAGAAGUGACAUGCCUUCUCAGCCACCUGGAGUGAUGAGGAAACCGAAGAUUACCUGGAAGAUGGUGAAAAAUUGUGCUUUCACCUCUCAAGUCAUACUAGAGGAUGAAGAUAGUCUUGCAAAACAACUGACUGAUCUACAGGAGAAAUGGACUGAACUCUUGAUGAUGAAUAGAAGAAAUAUUGCAGAAAAGAAUGGGUUGAUUUCUGAUAUCAAUUCUCUCAAGCAAAAACAUACAGAAUCAAAGAUCAAGCUUCGGGAAAUGGAAAGAGAAAAAUUAGAUUUGAGAUUUGAAGUUAAUCAACUCAAAGACAUUCGAAAAUGGAUGAAGAUUGCUGGAGCAGAAGUUCUUGAGAAACAGGAAGAGAUUUUCAAUAAUCCUAAGAACAAAACUAGUCUGGGUUAUACUGAACACACUGUUCAAGAACAUAAAAUGUUGAACUUCGUCAAGGCUACAAAAGAAGCUCAAUCAUCUUAUAAUAUAGUUGAACGUGAAGAAGAAGAACUCUUGGGAUUGCAAUCAGCAAUUGACCCCUUCGUUCCCCUGAUUGAUUGCGUCCAGGAUGACUUCUUCAAUUGUAUGAUUGUUGCUGAUCAAGAAUCUGGGCGUGAUCAUGAAGGUAUUGUUUUUCAGAAAAAUGCAGGGAGGUGUGAUCAAAAUCCUCAAUUCGUUGAGUCUAAUGCCACUCUUGUGAAGAGCCCAACAACUGCUCAAGUGGAUGAAGAUGAUUAUAUGGGUGGUGAUAAUGAUGAGUUAAAUGAGGACGAAUGCUUUAUUCGGAGGGAUGAUCCUUCUUUUGAUAUGUCUUUUGGUAAUGAGGUAGACGUGACAUUGGAUGGUGGCUUUGAAGACGGGUCGGAUUUGGCCAUCGGACUUGACAAACGACUGUUUUCUCUCAACUUCUUCUUCUACCGACUACAAAGGUAUCACAUCACUUGUAAUUUGAGGAAGCGUUUUCCAAAGUUGUGCAAAAAGGGGUUGGAUAAACUUUUUGAGGACCUUGCAAAUGCAUACACCAAACGGUCAUUCAAGAGGUUGUAUGGCGACUUGAAAGCAAGGUACCCAACUGCUGGCAAUUACAUUGACAAGAUCCCAAAGAAAAGAUGGGCCAGGGCGUAUUUUGAAAUAAACCGGAACCAAAUCAUGACAACAAAUGGCGUCGAAUCAAUCAAUAGCGUGUUGAGGGAGGCCAGGGAACUUCUUAUUGUUGCACUUUUAAAAGCAGUCCAGAACAUGACUUCAAGGUGGCGUGGAAAAAGGCAACAAGAGUUAAGGAAUACAUGUAUAUCGCAUACGCGGAAACAAUCUACCUCGUGCCACAUGAAGAUGACUGGGAUACCGAUGGAAUGGAGCUCAUAGAAGUCAAACCCCCUAUAUUGUACAAGCAAAGAGGAAGGCCAACAACGAAGAGAUUUCCAUCGGACGGCGAGGCACGAAAAAAAUAUAAAUUCACAUGUUCUGGUUGCCAAGGAAAAUGGCAUACAGUAGGGACAUGCGCAAAGAGACCUCGUAAAGACACAUCUACGACGAAUGACUUGAAUAAUACUGAUUGCAUUUA